ACCUUCACUCCCCAAGCCUCUCGCCGGGCACAUGUUGCGCCUAUGCCUCUAAUGAACCCUGGGUGCUGUUGGCUGCCAUAUGACUCUUUGGCAUCAUCAAACCCUUCUGUUUCAGCCCUUGCAGCCCUUUUUUGUACCUAUCCAUCCGCCAUAGCGGACUGGCAGCCCAUGCCACUUUGGUACGUCGACCACUAUGGGUCGGUGAUUACUACUAAAUUCUUCAUUUGCGAUUGGCCAUGGCUUUACCGAGUACAUCAAUGCCUACUGCAUGCCUUUUUGCCAUCAUCAUCGUCAAUUGACUACAUACUUAUUUUCAAGCGCUGUGCACAAUGAACGCAUGUUUUGUGACUCAACUCCAGUUGCUGACUCUUUCGGUCUAUCAAGUACAUAUGUAUAUAUACCUCCAAUCACAUCACAGCUUACUUGCUGCUUUGCGCCCAAGGCAUGGCAAGAUGAGCUCGAAUAAGCCAUUGUGAGGCGAAAUACCAUAUGCACAUUAUUAAUCAUGAAUGCUUUGAAAUAACCACCACUACUGCCUUGUGAUAUACUGUCAGUGGUUUGCACGGGUGAAACAGACUCGCACUCGGCACAAGCAUUUCGAAUGAGUGCCACCAACGGCUCCAGUGCUUGAGUAGCCAGCAACCGGACAUAAACCGGACAUAACAACACCCAUCCAGCUUCACUACAUGAUUAUCAGGAAUGUUUCCAAGUAGGUAAACACAUGUAUACAUCACCAUUACGUCUCAUUAUCAUUUGCAUUCGCAAUCUUGUCCAUAGUUGAAGUGCUGCAUGCGCAUGCACCUGUAUGCAUCAUGGAUUCAUUUGACCCAUGUCCUGGAGAAUUGGUAUCGUACAGUAAGAACACUUUUGUGCUUCCGUCUCCAAAUCAUUCGCAUAGGCUGUCCAUUUCGGCAACCAUUUCCCCACGCAAUCAUGUCCCCCGAACGCC